AUGCUACUCCGCCAGUCUCUUCUCGCCCUCCUGGAGGUAUGCUGGCGGGGACCUAUCGUCGGGGCAGAGGACGCGAGAGGGACUUCCUACGGAAGGGAAGACUGGCAAUGUGACAUCAACGGGGCACACACGACGGCUCUAAUGAACAUGGAGACGGUGCCCGUUUCCGGCCAUAUGGACGAGGUCGUUACCUCGACCUCAUCGACUCCGCGCCUCGCCAUAGUCACCCACUUCGUGCGACCAUCGAGAACGGUCGACAGGUGUCACAUCCCCACCCUGGUGAGAGACCUGCUCGCGCACGAGCUGGGUGAUCCCCUCCUAGAGGAUGUCGACUGUGCACGCCGGUUCAUAAAAGGAAUAUUCGUGCGGGUCAGCGGAAUGUUGCAGCAGAGAUACGCGGACAGGAUAGAUGCCGUCAUGGUUACGAGCUGUGACGAGGCUUCCGCUGUGGGCGGAAAAAUCGUGCCUGUCCUGUGUGAAGUCGAUCGCGUCAAGGCCGAGCUUCGGACGAGACAAGGGGACGUUGGAAUCGAGUCACUUCGCACCGGUGAUGCGUACCUUUGUUUCGACGCAGGACGGACAUGGUAUAGAGAUGGCUUCUGGGCGUUAGGUGCGCUCAUUCUGGACGAAACCCGAUUGCGAGUGUUAGAAGCGAGGAACGCUCUCGAAUCAUGCGGCGCGUCCGACUUUAGCUACCAGUGUGACGCAGUAUUCUUCAAGGGAUCUUCGUCGGUACAAGAAAAGAUGAGACUCCGCUCCAGCCAUUUGUUCAGCCGCAACGAAAAAACUCCCGGCACUCUCAAGUUUGAACCGGCUUUGAAGAAUCCGCUAUGUGGGGAGAGAAGGGUGUUCGAAGGCAUCGCGACCCAUCUGCGGGUCAUUCCUCUGUGGGAUGGUGUUGGCGCCGUCUUCAAUUCGAUGGAAGAAGCUCAUGACGCCUGGCGUCGUCUCGGCAAGAACACCAAGCGCGAUCUGUGGCCGGAAAUAUGCGAGGCCGAGUCACCAUCGAAACUAGAAAGUUUGUUCCGCGGCUUGUUGUCUCCGCAAGGUUCAAGGAUCGUCAGUGCGGUGACCGGAGAACAUGGAGAGGCCGGGAAAAGUUACUGCACUAUCCGCGCUGCUACGGCUACAUUCGAAACAGGACUAGUCUUGACCCCUACCAACAGCCUGCCCACGUCCUACACAAACCUGCCAUCCGGGUGGAGUACGACCGUCCUUCACACGGACGAAAGAGGGAGUGCUCAAAGAGCGGCUCCCACAGCAAGGAGGGGCCCCGUGAAUCAUCGCGGUGCCCCCUAUCAAACGGUUAUCUUACCAGUCUGCGUGACACAAAAUCAUCCAGCACAUGUAUCCAACAGCAAUGUUCGCAUACUCACGAACAUGAUCCUUGCGGCUGCCCAUAGCAGCGGUACCCACGUAAUCGGGAUAUACGACACGCACCAACUCCAACCCGUUUGCGACAGCAGCGGCAUGUCGACUAGCAGGGACAACGUCGACAGGAAGGUGGAGAUGGAUGAUGGCCUCCUGUACAUUUUGGCCGCGGACAACGACAUGGACGAGGCGCAGAUUCGAGCCAUCGAGAGGUUUGGUGGUGAUUGUCCGAAGGCUGACGACCCUAGCCCUUCAGACUUUCAUCUCGCGUACACAAGAGAAUACGCUCGAUUCCACGCCUUUGGAGUUUUGCUGGGGUGCUUCGAAGCUGGGGACUGGGAUGGGCUGGGGUGUCAGACGGUUGUCGGUGCACAAUAUAGGGACCUCGGGAACCCGGGCAAGGUUCACAAGAAUCGCACCUACAGCAUCACCCGAUCCUCGGCAGAUGAGGUCGCCGUCGCAAGCGCAUUUGACGGUGCCGUUAGCUUGGAGGAAACUUCACUCUGUCGGGCGGAGGGAGAAAAUUUGUUCCACCCCCGAGGAGUAUGUACCGUGCACGCCGUCCAAGGUCGUACAGUGGAAGGGAGGUUGAUCAUACAUCAGGCGCGGCACUUUCAUGCUGAAGUCCACUGGCUGUACACGGCUGUAAGUCGAGCGACCGGACCCUCGAACGUCAGGGUCAUCGACGAUGUCCACCGCAACGAGAGCAACAUGUCCCACCGAGAGAGGGCAUCAUGGGUUUCUAGGAAGGUUUCAAGCUACAUCUACACCAACGUUACGGCCGGGCGUCUUAGAGCAGACGACGGGGGACAGCACAGAGAAGCGCUCGUCCAAGAACUUCACCGCUCCUACGGGGGGAGGUGCAACUUGUGCAACCAUGAACCCAUCUGGGCCGUUUACAGUGAACGGCAGCCAACGCUCGAUCGCCUAGACUGCUCUUUGCCCCACACCGCGGAAAAUGUGGAUGUUCAAUGCCUCAAGUGCAACAGAGCAAGAAGAAGCCUAGGGAGGGGGAAGUCGAAAAGGAAGAAAGUAGAUAGUAGCGGGAAGGAAGAGAGGUAG